CAUUGGUGCUGUAGUGUUCGUUGCCUGUGUUGCCUCCUGUGUCCAUGGCAAUAACUGGAGGGAGGAGGACAACCAGGUGCUGUGUGCUGAGGGGAAGCAGUUGGAAAAGACCAGAGCCCAGCAGCAUAGAGAGACCAGAGACCGGCAGUUAUUCCACCCUGUGUUCCAGUGCCCAGACAUGAGCCCUUCCCCCUCGAUCCCCACAUCAGUUGAAUAUGUGAAAGCGGCUGAUAUCAAAGUCAUUGCAGCUUUGGGAGAUUCCCUGACUACCGCUAUUGCUGCUAAUGGAUCCACAAUUCUAUCAGUUCCAAUUGAACAUCGUCACCUGUCAUGGAGCAUUGGAGGGCAUGGGACAUACAGUGACAUCAUCACCCUUGCAAAUAUUGUCAAACUCUUUAACCCCAAAGUGCUGGGCCCAGCUCCUGUGAGCACUGUCAAUGGAUACCCCUCCACCAUCAACCAGACAGGCUUCAACUUUGCUGUCACUGGGCAUAAUUCUCUAAACGUAUCUGAGCAGACAAGACACAUGAUCGACACAUUCAGAUCCUACCCUGGCCUGAACUUUGAAGAAGAUUGGAAGCUGGCAACGAUACUAAUUGGAAUGAAUGAUAUCUGCGAUUAUUGUAAAAAUAAAACUCUCUUCUCCCCAGACAACUUCAUCCACUACAUGACAGAGUCUUUGGAAAUGAUGAUGGCUGAGGUCCCCAGGCUGAUAGUGAACGUGGCGCAGAUCUUCCCCAUGCAGCCCCUCAGGGAGGUUCAGAGGCCCACCCUGGGCUGUCAGCUGCAGAAGAGCUUCUGCUCCUGCCUGGUGUUACCUGAAGAGAACUCACCUGAGCUCAAGGAGCUUAUAGAGGUCAACCGUGAGUUCCAGAGGAAACUGAAAAAACUUUUGCACAGUGAUCGUUUCUUCCGGAAGGACUUUGCAGUGGUCCUGCAGCCAUAUCUAGAGAACGCUCUACCCCCGAGGCUUCCAGACGGGACUAUUGACUUGAGCUUCUUUAGCCCUGACUGUUUUCACUUCACUAUUAAAGGACAUGAGGAGCUGGCCAAGGGGCUGUGGAACAACAUGUUUCAACCAGAAGGCAAGAAAGGGCUGAUUAUGAGCUUAACAGACCCUGUUGAACUCAUCUGCCCACCUGAGGAUCAUCCUUACAUCUACACACAACCCAAGUCUGUUGCCGCCACCCCCUGCCUGGGCUCCAUGGUGAUCCUGACUGGACUGUUUCUUACCGAGGUCUCUCUGCACUGAGAGAAUGGAUUUCCUUUAUCGUCAUACAAUACAACAAAAUUGAUUGGCAAUCCUAAUGGAGCAUUCACA